GGGCGCACGUUAGCCUCACACUCUCGCCCCCCCUCUCUCUCUACAACACGCCUGCAGGCAGGGCUGCUGCUAUCUCAUUCCAUCGCCACGUUGAAGUUGAAGAGCUCUGAGCUUUUUGAGUCGGUUCCUUCCUCCCUCUCUCUCUUCAGGGAACAGCGAGCGAUGGCGAUGGAGACCGAUGGUUUCCAAUUGUUUACUUCUCGAUAGAUCCACUAAUCGGCCUCCGAAGUUUACUCUCUCUCGUUGGUUGUUCUCUCCCCAACUCUCUCCGUUCACUCCGCCGCUCCACUGUCGCAGCUCUCCAGUAGUUGAAGGUUCUUGUUAAGUUGAUCUGGAGAAAGAGUCGUUAUGGGUGUCUCUGGAAAAUGGAUUAAAGCCUUGGUUGGUUUCAAAAAGUCAGAAAAGUCACCUUCUUCCACCAAGGAUGAUAAUAAUAAUGCGGGAAACAAGUUUCGGUAUUGGAGAAAGCAUUCCGUCGAGAUUGAAAAUAAUUUUGCAGCUGAGUUUGAUUGCAAUGCUGCUGCUCACGUUGAAGAAGUGAAUACCUCUUUUGCUGUUGGCACUCCUAGUUCAUUUCAAGUACAGGAAGCAAGUCAUAGCCAACAAACUUUGAGAGAAGAGUGGGCUGCAACACGUAUCCAGACAGCAUUCCGAGGAUUCCUGGCUAGAAGAGCACUGAAGGCUUUGAAAGGAUUGGUAAGGCUUCAAGCCCUUGUUAGGGGCCACGCUGUCAGAAAGCAAGCUGCAAUUACUUUACGGUGUAUGCAAGCUCUAGUGAGAGUUCAAGCUCGAGUCCGAGCAAGGCGUGUACGCUUGGCACUGGAAAGCGAAACAGCACAGCAGAAAGUUCAGCAACAACUUGCAAAUGAUGCUCGUGUUCGGGAAAUUGAAGAGGGUUGGUGUGACAGCAUAGGAUCUGUUGAACAAAUUCAAUCCAAAUUACUGAAAAGGCAAGAGGCUGCAGCUAAGCGUGAGAGAGCAAUGGCGUAUGCUCUGGCCCAUCAGUGGCAAGCAGGUUCAAGGCUGCAGGCUGCCCCUGCAGGGUUUGAACCCGAUAAGAACAGCUGGGGCUGGAACUGGUUGGAGCGGUGGAUGGCUGUUCGCCCAUGGGAAAACCGCUUUCUCGAUAUUAAUCUCAGAGAAGGAGUGAUGAUUCGGGAAAAUGGAUUUGCUGAGGGUAACCAUAAUGGCACCAGACCUAAUACAAAAGCUUCAGGAAAAAAAGUGGUUUCAGUGAAUGUUUCAAAAACAGGUCCUACUCAGUCUGAUGGUUGCAGUUCUUCUCCUGGUGAUUCGGGUACAACGUUGGAGGCGAACCAAUCAGCCCUAAACAAACCAAAGACUAAGCCAUCUGUUGAUAUUGCUGCAGAAGAAAUCAAUUCUAGACCCGGUAUUGCUUCGAGAUCAAAAAGCAAUCCCAAGGAGAGAUCAAACCAAUCUGAUAAACAGGCGAAGAAGCGGCUGUCUUUGCCCAACACUGGUGGAGGUGGUGAUGGUGGUGGUGGUUCUCAAACAAAACGAACUCAGGGACGAACCUCUGUUAAAGGGACACCAGACUCUCAAAAGCCACUGAGGGACAGACAGAAAGCUAACUCGAGAGGCGAUGCGAACCCUCCAAAGUCCGUCCCACAGGUAGUCUAAGGAUUCCCGGGAACCGGAGAGCUGUAUAUAAAAUUUCCUCCGUUGAUGAGGGGGGAGAUGCCACCAACGAGUGGAAGAGAUUCAAAAGCAAAAGGGGCUGAUUUAUAAAAGUCGUGGCAAUAAGCAGUCGCGGCAGUUUCAUCAUCGUAUGUCUGGUAAAAUCGUAUUUGGUUUGUAAUUUACGUGAUGUAACUUACCACGAGACCAGACAUGUAAAGUGUUUCUUCGAAGCAUGUUGUUGGGUUUGUUGUAGUUUGGUAUCUUCCGUUCCAUUAGCUCUCUGUUGGUUGAGAGAUGGGCAGUGGGCGGUGGGCACGAAUUGAUGCUCUCAAUUACUGUCAACAAUCCAACAAAAAGAAAAGAGAGGAGAGAGAGAAGGGAGGGGUGGUGGUGGUGUUAUGUUGGGGGGAAGGACUAAUGAUUUCUCACUUGAUUUCUGGAAUUACAAAAUCUGAUUUUGCGGGA